AUGUUAUCUAUCCUGGUGUUUCCGUUUCAUGUCGUGGCAAGCAUCAUUCGAUUUGUAUUCGGGACCCUCAGAAUUCCUCUUCCCCAAUGGCGGUUCUCCUCACUCAAUUUCUACCGCCCGCUUGGAGGAAGAGGCGCGCCGCCGUCGUAUGACCCUUACAGCGUUGCUGACCGCUGGGUUCGCUCACUCGAAGACGAGACCGGCGCACUCUGUAUGAGCCGUGCGCGAGUCGGGUCUACCGCCACGUUCUCUGGCUCGCAUAGCGCGGGUUCGUCGAACACCUCAGCUCUCCCUUCAAGUGCCAACAUUCGCGGGCGGUAUGGUUCCACGAGCCGCAAGAUUCUCCCUGACUUCUUCCUGGGAAGUUAUGAAGAGACUCUUCAGACUUGUCAGAGAGAGGCUAAGAUUGGCUGUAUCGUACUUGUUAGUAACGAACACGAUGAUGUCGCAGAAUUCAAACGUAAUACUUUGACCGACCCAAUACUGGUGGAUCUUAUGCAUACAAAUGACUUUCUUGUAUGGGGAGGCGAUGUUCGUGACCGAGAGGGAUGGAGCGCCGCGCAAAAAUUGCAGGUCACUACCUACCCUUUCGUCGCUUUCCUAGCUCUCCAGCCUUCGCGAGGCUCUUCCUCCUUCAACAGCAGCUCGAACACCCGCGCUUCGGCUUCCCCUUCUCUGACUGUUCUCUCUCGACACCAAGGCCGCUCCUCUUCCUCCGGUCCUACUUCUCCCACUACUCUCGUCGACCAUAUUACUCACCAACUCCUUCCCCGCGUUAGCCCCUUCCUCGAGCGCAUCAAGCACUCCAUACGCGAGCGCGAGCUCGAAAGGCGCUUACGCGAAGAACAGGAUCGCGCAUUCGCGGAAUCGGCGAGGCGGGACAGGGAGAAGAUUGACGCACUUGUGCUUUCUGAGAAGCUGGCUGAGGAAGCGAGGAGAGCUGAGGAAGACAGGAUAGCCCGCGAAAAGGCAGAGAGCGCGCGAAGGGAAAAUAUUAAAGCCGUAUGGAGACAUCAAGCAAGAGAGGCGCUCAUACCGCCAGAGCCCGUCGACGGCCCCGAUUUGAUUCGUGUCAGUUUCAGGCUGCCUGACGGCCGCCGACUCGUUCGCAUAUUGCGCCCCACGGACACUGUUACGGCGCUCUACUGCUUUGUCGAUACCCACGUGGUUCCUCCGAGUUCAACAGGGAUCUCUACAGACGCCGACAACGAGAAACUACCAACGCCGACGUCGGGAGAAUUGGGACUCGAGGGUUUGAUUGAGCUCUCGAAUAUGGAUGCGGAUGACUGGUGGGGCUUCAAGCUGUUCCUUGCAUAUCCGCGUCGAGACAUCAGCUGGAGCCCAGAUGUGCGAUUGGGUGGCAUCGAGGGACUGGACCGCGGAGGUCAAAUUGUCGUCGAGUUUGUUGACAAGGUCCGCGGCGAUAUCGGUAGACAGGACGAGGGUGGAGAUGAGGAUGGUUAUGAUACCGAGGAGAGUACAUAA